CCUGCUGCUGGCUCUGCUGGUGGCCGCCGUCUUCUUCUCGUGCAUCGGCAGCCGGUCGGGGGUGGAAUACUUCGCCGACGAGACGCGUGGGCCGUUCGGCCAGUCGGACCUCUCGUACUCGCGAUUCGUCACCAACCAGCAAGAGCCGUUGGAUCCCGCCUCGGGUCCCCUCGUCAUCACGUCCCUUCCCGGUGGCACCACGACAGUGUCCCCUCCCCUAACCCAGAUGGUCCCGACUAUUGACGCGGACCUGGUGCAGGCGGCACCCAUGCUCGGGCCGGCCGUCUCCCCGACCGUGCGCACGACCGUACCGCAGCUAUUCGGCAUGGAAGCCGCCAGCGCGACGACCGCGGCGGCCCGUCCCUCGACCGUCCCUCCUCCCGCGGACGGCCGCAUCGCCCUGCCCCCCUCGGCCGCGAGCCUGGCCAUGGUGCAGAACCUAUACAACGCUUGA